GCCCAUUUUACAGACACGCAUCUGGCAGCACCAGCGGUACCGGCAUCAAGACCAAACAAUAUUUUAACGUAUAAAUAUUAUUGGAACUAAGUACUAAUAAAAAAAAACGACUUGGUGCCGAUCCCAAAGAAGUUGUGAUUGAAGUUAUUUGUAACUUGCUUAACGUGAAAAGAGGUGAGCAUUUUCCAAUUGAGUAAAAAUGAAAAUACCUUUUACAAAAUAUUUUGCAUACUAAAACUAAAAUUGGUAAAAUCCCACUUUGUCUCAUGAUUGAUUUACACAGUGUAACACAAUGACAUACACAGCUCACCGUCCACUCACCACAUUGAAUUAAAUUGUGAGUGAAUUGAUUCUUAUUUUUCCAGUCCGACUCAAGUAAAGUAGCCUUAAUCAUUAAUUGAUUUGUUCUUGGUGAAUUUUAAUUUGGCUAGUUUUGAAAAACCAUUGAUUAAAUUUUAAAAAAAUCGAGUGUGGCUGAAUUAAAUCAAUUAAUUAAUUAAAUGUGGAUUGUGGGUCACAUUUCUCUCUCAUUUUUGCCACAUGCACGUCAAUGACAUAAUAAAUAGUAUUAUAUAUACUUAUUUACAAAGUUUGUUGCAGUUUUCUUAAUUAUUAUUUACAUCAAAGUGGAUGUGUACACCGCGGCGGUGUACCUAGCGAAACCAUCGGCUUUGUCCUGUGUAAACCGCAGCCGUGUGACUAUUGAAAUCUUGGGCUUUGGCCUGGGUACACCGCGGCAAAAAUGUACCAUUGGCCUGGUUUUAAGAUAUGCUUGUUAGAGAAGAUCUUGUGUGGUCAAGUGGUAGAGUGGAUGCUUGGCGAUAAUAUAGUUUGAGAUCAAUUCCCAGUAGGGGAUCGAGUUUUUUCUCCUCCCAUUUUAGUUUUAAAAUAUUUUGUAGCAAUUUAAACAAUUUAAAUAUAUGUUUAAAUAUUAUAUUAAAUACUAAAUAUAUUUAUAUAUAAAAUAUUAAAUGUUUUAACAAGUUGUGCCGGCCUUUGACUUUGAAAAUACCGGUAAAUUUAGUAAUAAGACUUUAGACAUUAGAAAACAAACUUAAAGUUUCUGAAAGCGCAUAUAUAUAAUGUAUGUAACAUGUAUAAGAGAAACAUUAUGAAGACUAAGUGAUAUUCUAUUGUAUUUCAACAUUCUUCAUGUAGUUGAAUAUUUACAUUUUACUUUUACGAACACCCAAAGCCCAAAGAAAAUACCAGUAUAUCAUUAAUAUCAUAAGAAUAUUAAUGUCAUUAAUGUGCAUGGUUGUAUUUCAACCUUGAACCAUCUUGCUUUCACUGUCUCUUAUGCAUUGGCAAAAUGUACAUACGAUAUCAAAGGUUCAUUCACAACACUCAGUCUCACAGCUUGAAAACACCUCGAUUUUAGAAACUUGCGGAGCGGUAGCAAACUGUAUAGCACAGCCAUAGGUCUGCAUUUACCCUUUUCAUGGCAUGUGCUAUUCUCAGGGUAAAACACGACGUUUUCUCACAGAAACCAUUGCACAAUGGGCUUGGGACAGGAUUUGCGCCAUGUCAAAGUUUUUGUAUUUGUUUUUUUUUAUUAUUGUUAAGAAAUCGAUCCUUGCCGGGGGGUGGGGGUGGAGGUGAGUUAUGGCCAGAGGCUUAACCAAAAAGGGGGCAUUCACAAAUCACGGCUCUGGAUAGGGGUUGUCCACAAAGGGCGUCCGCACAACAAACUUUCCUUUUGCAUCCCCCCCUCCGCCGGCAUUUUUUACCAAUGUGUUAUGCCAAUAUAAAAACUAAAUCAAUGAUAUUUAAUUAUUGUUAAAAGACUUUUAAAAAUCACUGCAGUGUAUCAUCUUACUGCUGUUUUGUGUUCACACACGCUUGGUAUCACAAUGACAAUGCCUCGGACAACUUUAACUUCACGACUUCAUGAUCAAUGUAUGACAUAAGUAUGUGAUUCUCUUCCCGUAGUGUAUUUGUCGCAUAAUUAUAUCUUGGUGCUAACAAAAUAGAUUCACUGGCUUCCCAUUCAUUUUUACACCUUGCCCCGAGGGAUCACAUACAAUGUUAUAAUUAUAAUCUCCCCCCCAAAAAACAAAACAAAAAAAAAACUGUGUUGGGGGGAGAGAAUAAUUUCAUAAUUUCAAAUGAGCUACCCUUCUUAUGCCUAUUAAGAUUCACAAUCAUAUGAUAAAACUUACAACAAUUAAUAAAUAUAUUUGUAUUUAAAUAUAUUGGGGGAGGGGGGAAUAAAGUGGUUAACUUUAAAAAAAAAAAUAAAUCAUGGUUUAACAUUACAUCCCCAGCCCCCUCCCUUCCAAAAAAUAAUAAGAAAUGCUUUACAUGUACUUUGCCACAUAAGCGUGGAACUUACUCAACAUCUUCCCUAGGUAAUAAACGAAUUUUAAAUAAAUAGUUUUAACACGAGUAUAACAUUAAAUCUACAAGUACCGGUUAGGCCAAAAAGUUAAAGACUCGCAAAGACCAUAGUUUUGCUACUUUAAAUCACUGCGGUGUACGCAGGCCACAGACCAUGAUUUAGCUACAUACUAAAAAGAUUUCGAUGUUUGUAUUUACAUAAUGCAAGUUAUUGUUUUAUUAUUUUAUAUUUUUUGUUUAAUUGGGGAGAAGUACUCCCCAGAGAAUUUUUGUUUCUUAUUUUGGUACCGAUAUUUAAAGCGAGACGAGGGGUUGGGUCUCCCUUCCCCAGUUCCUAGAAGAUCAUUCCAAAUGCAAUUCAAGCAGCAGUCUUCCUUUUGUUACCUAAGUUUCAACGCACGGGUUUUCUGAUUGUAACUAAUCAAAAUACGGCAAUUUCGGCUGGUGUCUUUUCUUUCACUGGUGUUGGGUCUUGGGGUAGUAGCAAGGAUGUUUCUUUUUUCCUUUCUUUUGAAACGUCUAAGUUGAAUUUUAAUACAAAUUAAUGGAAAUUUUUAUUUCAAUAUACUUCAUGUUAACCAUAUCGCUUAUGAUGCGAGUAAUGCUCAAUAAAGAACAGGAAUGUUAUAACAAACAUCGUUCGGGUCCUUCAAACAAUAGAUCUAUUCACCCUAAGUCCAGUGUUGGGAUUUCCCAAUAUGACGUCACUGCGCUCAGGGUGAGAAAACUCUUGUCAAAACCCAUACCGUUGACACAAAAUUAACCCUGUGAUGUAUAUAUUAUAUACGCCAUAUAGUGUUCAAAAUUCACUUCAGUAUUUAUUUGAUAAGUCCAGGUUGUUCUUUUUCUCAUUUAAAAAUUUUUUUUUCUUGCAAGAGGGGUUCUGAGUAGAGGGUCCCCUUAAAUUUUGUUUCUUAUUUUUGUAUUGAAAUUAUUUGUUUCUUUUUCUUUGGGGAAUCCCAAUACUGUACUUGGGGUGAAUAAUCAAAUAGUUGGCCCUGAACUAUGUGUAUGAUAAUUUUCCCAUUCUUCACUGAGCAUUAUUCGCAUCAUAAACUAAAUCUAACGGUCUAUACAGUGUAAAUGAAAUAUAUUAAAAUGAAAAUUUCCAUUCUUUUUAUGAAAAUUCAACUUCUAAGAAAAAAGAAACUCAUACUUGCUAACCCCAAGACUCGCUCAAAAACAUACGGUGAACGAUCUUUCUCUUUCUGUGCCCCCAAACAAUGGAAUACUCUUCCAUUACACAUCUGAUAAACGAUGCUGCUGGGUGCCGUCCGUGGCUUGACAUGUUACAUGUAAAUAGUGCGGGAAUGGGUAGAAUACAUUUGUUUUGUUUUAUUUAAUUAAUGUAUGUUAAUUAAUUUUUUAAGUUCAUGAUUAUACUUGUUAAAUUGUAUGUAUUGCAUGGUGAGCCCAGCCCUAGGCUGGGUGGGGUACCACGCUAUAUAAAACUACUGCUGCUACCCCAAAAUAAACACCAUAAAAAAGAUGCACAGAUUAUUACAAGUGUUGUCUUUUGAUCGAUAGAAAAAAGAAAUACUCAUAGACUAUUCAUUUCUAUAAUGGAAUUAUCGCCAUUUCAUGGGAUAUUUCAUAAUUUUCUGGGGAGGGUAGAGCCCUCCACCCACUUCCUUGAGAAAAAUUAAAAUUGAGGGGAAAAACUUUUAUAAAAUAAAUUUAGAGCUAAAAAUCAAAUUCUGUUGAAUAUAUAUGUUAUGUAUGACACUUUUUUCGCGUGUGUGAACUUUGCUUGAACCCUAGCACACACGCUCUGUUCAUAGAUGGGCGUGGCCUAUUCGUUUGAUGUAUCUUGUUGACUACCGCCUUCCCAAUUAAACAUGGUUAGACUGUCUCCUAGUAUUUUGUAGAAUGUUUGCGAUUGUUCAAGAAAUGUAAACAAAUGCUGAGUAGCUUCAGGAAGGCAGGGCUUACGCGUCGUUUGACCCACAUAUAUAAGUGAUUAACAGAUACGGAGAGAGGGAGAUUGAUAGAUAUUUUGCCUUCACGAGUCGUGUAUUGUUAUUCGUGUACUUAUGUGUUAUUCGCAUUCAUCAUUUUUGAUUGGCACAUUGUACUAACUGUGUUAACUGUGUACCGGUACAAGAUCUACCAUACUGUAAGUUGAUGAUUUGUAAUUAUAUUUCUUUUGUUUAUAAUUGUAUUAAUACUGAAUUAAAUCUUAUUAAUUGUAUUUGGUAGUGUUUUGCGUGUCGUACUUGUGUUAUUGUAUUUCUAUAUGGUAUCGUCCUUUGUUAGGCACUGUUUGAACGAGCCAUAAAUUAAAACAAGAGAUUAAUUUCUCACAAGAGAUGGCAGUGCGUAACAAUAUAACUAUGUCAGUUUGUUGACUAACCUCCAUGACCAAUACACUGUAAAAGACAUAGCUGGCUUUGAUGCUAAUUGCAUCUUAGCCGAGAUGGGAAUAGAACCGAACACACAGAAAAGAAUGAACUCAAACCCUGCUGACAACUCAACUGAAGGAGCCUAUUGAUGUUUGUUAAUGAGUGACAAAUUAAAUAACACAUUUUGUAGCCAAAAAAUUUUUCAUCCUGUUGUCAGCAGUUAGUAUCUUUAAAAAAGAAACGAAAUUAGAAUUGUGUAUAUACAAGUUUAUUGUGUUUCCCUGUUUAUUCAUUAAAUUUGAUGGACUCAUUUUUGUGGACGGUACACCAUUUAGGUGUAAUCGUCCCCAUUUUGGACUGAUAGAUUGAAAGUAGAUAGAAAUAAGAAAUCAAUUUUUAAAAAGUUAUGAGCAAAAGUGCAUCCCUUCUUUUUGAUUUUAUUUUUAAAACCCUUCUUUUUUGCGGGUGAUAGAGCCUUUUUAGUGCAUUGGGAUUAUUAGCGCAGUGCCACAUUCUAUUGGCAUUUCUUCCUCCUGCCAGAUUUUGGAUAUGAGAUUAUGUAUUUGCCUCUGCAGUUCAUUUCCACCUAGUUUUAUCUAGAAUUAUCUUCAAUAUCCAAAUAUAUAGUAUAAGUAAAAGGCCCUUUUUUUUUUUUUAGAAAUUGUACAUAAUCCAUGAAUUUUAUAACAGUUAUAUUUGUAUGGUGAAUUUUUUGCAAAUUUAUAUCUUUCACAAACUGUUUUAUUUUUCAUAUUCAUAGAAUGUUUGAGUAUGAUUUGUUUCAGAUAAUGAUGUAUUUUGUCUAAAUAAAUUUUUAAACUAUUAUAACGAGUUGUUUUUUCAUACAUACUACAUGACGAAAACCAUGACAAUGGAGCACAUCAAAAAGACUUGGCUACAGGGAAAGGAAUGACAAUGAGCAGCACAAUAUUCCCACACAAAUACAUAAAGCAACAUGGAUAUCACCAGAUGGAUUUACCCGUAGUCAAAUUGAUCACAUACUCAUUGACCGGAGGCAUGGCACCGACACAUUAGAUGUACAAAGUUGUAGAGGGGCAAACAUAGACUCAAGACCUCAAAACCAUUAACCCCUACAAAGCAUGUGGUCCUGACAAUAUCAAACCAAGAGUGCACAAAGAAUUACCCAAAGAAAUCGCUCCUGCAAUAACAAUCCUCUUCCAAUCAUCGCUGUGCACAGCCAAUGUUCCAGUAGACUGGAGAACAGCACACAUCACUCCAAUCUACAAGAAAAGGGAGCAUUCCGACCCUGCCAACUACCGGUAUCGUCCGAUAUCCCUCACCAGCAUGGUAUGCAAACUGUUGGAGCACAUAAUCGUAAGCCCAUUCAUGAAGAAUAUUGAAAGCCAAAAUAUACUCAAUGACUGUCAACAUGGCUUCAGAGUCAAUAGAUCAUGUGAGACCCAGCUCCUUGAAUUUGGAGAACAGCAAGAUAACUGAUGUGCUGGUGAUGGACUUCUGAAAGGCAUUUGACCAUGUCAAUCAGUUUGCUUCUACACAAACUUCAGAGAUAUGGGAUCCAAGACACUACUAAAACAUGGAUCUCUAGCUUCCUCAGCAACCGAUGCCAAGCAGUAGUGGUGGACAGUACAAGCUCCUCCUUUGUCGAUGGGAAGUUAGGGGUCCCACAGGGAUCAGUGAUUGUGCCCCUGAUUGUUCCUAGCAUACAUCAAUGACCUACCCGAGAAACUGACAUCCCAAGCAAGACUGCUCCCAGAUGACACCGCAGUAUAAAGGACAAUCGCAAACAUAUCUGACUAGGACCAGCUACAACAGGAUCUCAAUCGAUUAGCUGAGUGGGAGAUGAGCUGGGACAUGGAAUUUCAUCCUGCCAAGUGCCAGACACUGUCAGUCUCUCGAAGUUGUACUCCUCUACACUACCAUUACGAACUUCACGGCCAUAAACUUCAGCCAGUUUCCUCCGUAAAGUACGGGUGUUACCAUUCAAAGAGAGGUCCGCUGGGACGAGCAUAUUAACAAUGUGUUCAACCAGGCAAACAAGAUCCUGGGGUUAUUAAAGCGUAAUCUAAAGAUUGGAAACUCCAGUGUGAAAGAAAGAGCCUAUAAAGCCUUUGUCCGUCCGGUUUUAGAUUAUGCAUCUUCAAUCUGGUACCCAUUCACCUAGCAGAGCAUCAACAGGUUGGAGGCGGUCCAGCGACGGGCAGCACGCUUUGUCCUGGACAGGUUCUGGAAUACCUCUAGUGUUGGCAGCAUGCUGGAAGCACUAGGAUGGUCACCAUUGGAGGAAUGACGACGACUAUCCAGGCUCUCCAUGAUCUAUAAGAACAAUAAUGGGCUGGUCCACUGCUCAAGCAUUAAGCAGAAACUUGUCUCUCUCCCCCAUAGACAGCGACGAGGCCAUGACAGGCAAUUCAGGCUCAUACCAGCAAGAAGCCAGUAUAGAAGCUGCUCAUUCCUGCCAAAGGCAAUCAGGGACUGGAACAAACUUUCAAAAAGAACAGUUAAGGGGACAACUCUAGACACAUUUGCGUCUAUUGCCUCAAGCCUUCAAACCCCCAGUGCAUGAUUCCGUUACAGAGUGGCACUUGCAAUCAGUGAAAUAUCCUCAUCAACACCAGGCACAGAAACAUUGCAAAUCCCCUCUACGUGCAUAGGAGCCAAAAUGAUCAAUAAAUUGAUCGUGGGCCCUUAAUACAUAGAAGAAGAAGAACUCUUGCCUGAGUCAGAGUAAAUUUCGAAUAACAAUUAAAUAGUAAUUGACGUAAUUUCAAAUUUUGUAACUUACUUUACAGCUGAUUUUACCAAUGAAACUAAUUAUAAAAAUAAUAUAUUAAAUCAGUAAAAAUCUGUACAUUGUAUAUUUUCAAAAAGUUACAGCCUUUCUUACAUAUUCAGUAAUUUUAAUAUCUAUGCGUUCAGUUUUUAAUUAGUUCAGUUGUCCGUGUGGUCACAUGUCCUAGGAUUCACUUGUUUCUGUUGUCUCUUGUGGUCAGUUGUAGGUUAACCUGUUGUGCGUUCAGAUGUCUGGAAAAUGUUUCUUUUUUACCGUCUCCAAUAUCAUGUGCUGAAGAAUGGCAUGCUUUCAUGGUGAAAAGAAUCAUAAUACUAUUUCUAGAGUUGAAAUUCAUCAAAUUUUAAUUAAAUUCAUCAAAUUUUAAUUUUGUUAAAAUUUAACAUACACUAUUCCAACUUUCAGAUUUCUUUCCAAUGGCCAGUUUUGUUAAAGAUCUGAUGCGGCAGUAUGAUGAAGCUUACCCACAAGCAGGUAAAUUAUAAGAUUGUUAUAUUCUUACUACAGGAGCUUAAAACUCAUGAGAUUAUAGAUGCCUUAUAUAUAAAUAUAAAAAAAAACAACAUAACAUUUUCUAGUACAGUUGAACCCGGUCAUGUCGCCGGCCUAGGGGUUUGCCAAAAAGCGGUGAGAUAACCCAUGUUCAAAAUAAAUGAAAACCAAUAUGGCAGCUAUAUAUUAACAUGUGCUUGAAAUUUCUAUAAGUACAUAAUGUGCGUUAAUAAAUGAGAAUGUACAUACACAUGUUUUUGGAGUUGUUUUUUUUUAACACAACAGCAUUGCUGAGAUUUGUUUGCUAUAAAAAUAUACAUACAUGUUUGUUAACAUCGAAAGGCAUAUUUGCACCAACUAACAGCAGAGUUUUACCAGUGUACAAUUCAAACCACCAUCGAUUCUCGAUACAAACCUUUAUUAUAUUCUCCAGCAUUACAAUGAUCGCUAAAAAAAUCUUUUAAAAAUGGGGGGGGGGGGGCGGUUCGUUUUUACUAAAAGUUAACCAGUUUCAAAAUUAAAUUUGUAUCGAUUCUCGAUACAAACCUUUAUUAUAUUCUCCAGCAUUACAAUGAUCGCUAAAAAAAUCUUUUAAAAAUGGGGGGGGGGGGCAGUUCGUUUUUACUAAAAGUUAACCAGUGUCAAAAUUAAAUUUGCGAGUCAUUUCACUCGGACACAGCUCUGAAAAGUAUCGUACUCUAUGAUUUCUUUUACUAAGUCUAAAAUGCUUGUUGCUUUUUGCCUUUAACAGUCUGCUUGAAAACAAAUGCUUCAAUAUUAUUUAUGCUGUCUAAAACAGUUUCAUCUCCCACAAAGGAACCAUAUCGUUGAAUUUUCUGUACCAUUUCUACCACCUCACCAGCUGAGGGAAUUUGUUCCUAAUCUUCGUCCACAUCUUCUUCAUCUUCUUUGUCAUUGCUGCUUGCACACUGCACAGUUGAUACAAUGUCUUCAUCGGUGAUCAUGUGGAGUUAAAAAGCCAGCGAUUGGUCUGUGUGAUCAAGAUAACCGACAUUAAGUGGCUAAUUUGGCCCUCUUUUGUGCUCGAGAUAUUAGGGUUUGGCGACAUAAAAGAAUUGACAUAACAGAUGAGAAAAUGCAAAGAUAAAGAUAAAGAAUUUGGCGGUUCCACUUCAAAAAUGUCGACUAAAUAGGGUUGGCGAGUUAAUCUGGGUCGAGAUAAGUGGGUUCAACUGUAUUGAUAUCUGCUUUACCGAUUUCCAAUUUGUUCAUCCAGUACAUUACUUUGUAUCUGUUUUGAGAUUAUUUUUUUUGAGACUUCAUGCACAAGUUCAAAUUGGUAUAAUCCAUCAGACCUGGUCAGUUGAAAGUGACCUCUGGUCAGUUUAGAAUCUAUAGUUGGUGGCAGCUAGGAAUAUAGCUUUUGUGGGAUUUAUUCACAAAUAGGCUUAGUGCAGUAGAAGAGAAAUAGAAGCACCCGGUAGCUUUUAAAAUGUUUUAGUCUGGAAAAAAAACACAGUUAACACUCCUUUUGUGUAACUAAACAAGUAUUCUUUUAAGAUCCAUUUUAACUUUUAAAAGAAGCCUAUUCUGAAUGCUACCAUUUUGUUAAAUACUGGUAAAUACAUUAUUCUUCUUUAUUUAGAUUAAUAUUUCCUUUACAUAUGGCUCUAAUUGCAGUUUUAUACCAUAUUUAGAAUGGGAUCUCUGCGAAUUUUAUGUUAUAUUUUUUAUUUUUAUUAUAUUAUCCAGCUGGCAGCUUUCAAUCAAAUUAAAAAAGACUUGUACAAAAUAUAUGCAUCAACUCAACUGUAAUUAAACAUUUUUCAGAUCUUUUCUCAUGGCAAUAAAUGCCUAUUGUGAAUAAGAGACCAAAGUUAAUAAAAAAAUCAACAGAAAGUUAAAAACAGACUAAACCGAACCACAUCUAAUUUUUACUGUGUACUUAAAUUAACCCAGAGAUUUUCUUUGGGAUUCUUUACUUAUCCAAUCAUAAAAAGAUUAAAUACAAAAAAAAAAGAGAACUGAUUUAAAUUCAAAUAAAAUAAUUUACAGGCAACUAUUUUUGCUUAUCUAGUGUAAUUUUUUUCAUGUACAGGUUUUGAAAUAUUUUGAAGAGGUUUUGGGAAUUUGUGUAUAAGAUUUUGAACUCAGAGGUUAGCAAGCAUGAGUAUUUUAAUUAUUUAUUUUCACUUGGCCUAGAGUGAGGUAUACACACCUUUUAUGAUUUUUUAGUAUCAUAAUUUUAUAUGACUUUUCAUUUUAACAAAACUUAAUGAUGGGAUAUGGGAUGAUGUUAACCUAUCUUAUCAACUUUUUAGGAAUAUUUGAAACAUCACUUAAAAAUUUGUAGACUUAAGUUUUUUUUAUUAAGCUUGUUGAUAAAGAGCACUUAAUAUAUAUAAGGUUAUCAGCUAAUAAACUGAAUUAAUUUUGAGUUGUUGCAUUAUUAGACAUAUUGAACAUAUCUUUUUGAGUAAUUUGGGAAAGUACAAUUUACUUAUCAAAAGUGCUUUUCAUUGUUUAAAAUAUUAAGUUGCUAAGGUACUUCGCAAGGAAGAUAAUCAAACAAGUAAUGGCAACAAUCAAAGUUAGUUCAAUGUUUUAUUGUAGGAGAACAACACUGAGUCCUACCAACAUAGAGCACUCACAAGACAGCAUAAAAACAUGACUUCACUACACAAUAAGUAAUGUGGUGUGCAAAACAAUGCGCAAUUAGCAUUCAGCAUUUUGUCAAUUUCCAACACUCCUUCUCAAAAUACUAAAUAAAGCUAAUUCAUUGGUUUCACACCAAUCAUGUCUCUAAGAAUCUUGAAUCUUUGCUGAUACAGUCCCUUAGUAAGAAUAUCAGCUAUCGUAAGAAUAUCAGCUAUCAUUUGUGCAAGCAACCGAGCUUUAGACUAUGUCUCUCAAUUUGUCUCUCAGCGUUUACUUUGAUCAUAAACACUCAUUUGCUUCCUACAGCUUUUCUUCCUUCUGGCAGUGCUACUAAGUCGCAGACUUCGUUUUUCUUGAACUUGCCAUGGCCUGUCUCGCUGUACUGGGUUCUUCCAGAUCCCGAGUCAAGUUUAACCACUCACCAUAUCGAUUUGGUGGGCGUUUAACUUUCGCUGAUCGUCUGACAUCUAGCUCCUCAUCUGGUUCAUCAACACCUUCAUCAUCAGGAUCAUCAACAUGAUUCACUUCUUCAUCUACGUCAUUAUCAAUGAAUUCCCGAAAUACAGGUGUUGAUUCCUGAGACAUUUCAGUCUCCUUCUCAAGACCGAACGUGUUCUCUACUUCUUCAUCGUCAUCAAUGAAUUCCAGAAAUAUAGGUGUUGAUUCCUGAGACAUUUCAGCCUCCUUCUCAAGACCGAACUUGUUUUCAUUAAACAGAAUGUCUCUGCUGUAAAUCACCGUAUUCGUUUUCAAAUUGUACAGGCGAUAACCCUUGACAUCGAUUCCGUACCCCAGAAAAACACAUUUCUGUGUUUUUGAAUCGAACUUCUGUCUUUCAUCUUUAGGAAUAUGUGCAUACGCAACACAUCCAAACACUUUCAGGUGAUUGACACUGGGUUUCGUACCAGUAAACACCUCAAAUGGUGUAGUAUCUUGAAGAGCCUUAACAGGAUUUCGAUUCUGCAGAUAUACAGCUGUUGACACUGCUUCUGCCCAGAAUUUUCAUGGGAGCUGUGCCUCAGCCAGAAUGGAACGUGCUGCUUCCACAAUAGACCUGUUCUUCCUCUCUGCUACUCCAUUCUGUUCUGGUGUUUUCGGAACAGUCAGGAUCCCCUCUCUUUAAAUAACCUUCAAAUUCAUUUGAAGUAAACUCUCCACCGUUAUCGGUGCGUAGGGCCUUAAGAUUUUUUCCAGUUGACUUCUCAACCAUAACUUUCCGUUCAAAGAAACACUUAAAGACCUCAUCCUUGUGCUUAAGGAUAUAAACACAAGUAUAUCGACUGAAAUCGUCAAUAAAAGUAAGAAAAUAUUGAGCUCCACCAAGUGAUUGUGUGCUGACCUUAACGCACACAUCAUUGUGAACCAGGUCAAGUAUCCCAUUUCUUACCCUCCCACUUGACGGAAACUUGGUCCUGUGAUGUUUGCCCUUUGCACAUGGUUCACACAGUUCCCUAUUUGACCGCUCAUCAUACUCAAGACCAUCCACUAGAUUUCCUAUAGCCAACUUCUUGAGAUUUUGAAAACCUAGGUGUCCAUAGUGUCUAUGCCACAGUUCCUCACUUGUUUCUUUACCUCCGUUUGCUGUAUUACAGUGAUGUUCAUUGGCAUAAUGACACAAACGUUACAAACCACGUGACCGCACUCCCUUUGCCAGAAGUUUACCGUUAUUAUCUUUUAUUUCACAACCUUUGAUAUUGAAAUAAACUUUCUUUCCAGCCUCAAUUGCGUGGUCAACACUGAACAGAUUACACUUGAGUUCAGACACAUAAAGCACAUCAUGCAGCGUGCAUUCUUCGUGCUUAUUACCAGGCAACUUCAUCCUUAGUUUGACAACACAACAGGCAUGUGCCUUCAGAUUCCGUCCAUCUCCGAAUCCUAUAUUCAGAGGCUCUUCCAAGUUUGACAACUGGACAAAUUCAGAUCUCCUGCAACACAUAUGACUUGUUGCUCCAGAAUCAAUAAUCCAAGUCGCGACACUAUUGCCUGUAGUUAAGGCAUGCCGAUGCCUCAUUAACAGUCCCCCACUUUCAUUACUUGAGCAUCUCUUAGCCUUAAUCUCAGUGUGAUUUGCCUUAUUUUGUCUGUAAAUAUGUUUGCCUGAUUCUUGCCUUUUUAACUCAGGACAAUCUCUUUUAAUGGGUCCAAUUCUCUUACAAUAAUAACACUGGGGUCCUUUCUUAAUUGUCUUCUCCUUCGACACAAGUGCUCUACUUGGUACUUCUUGCCUUCGUUGUGAUAUCUUUUGCUCUUCAUGAAGUAAUCGUUCAGUGACAAGUUCAAUCUGAGCAAGCCUCAAGAGCAGUUACCAACAUAUUGUAUGAGUUGGGAAGGCUAGCAAGUAGGUGAACCACCCUGUCUUCUUCAUCAACGGCAUCUCCUACCACAACAAGCUCGUUGAAAAUCUCUGUUAGAGUUUUAAUGUGGUCAUGCACAGAGUCCCCAUCAUUCAUUCUAAUUGUAAGUAAUCUCCUUCUCAGCGCCAGUCUAUAAGCCCAUGUCUUCUUUUGAAACUGAUCCCUCAGUUUUUCUCAGACAUCUUGGGUUCAACUGGAUUGCCGAUUAAUUACAAUAAUGAAGUGUCCAACGCCAACACAAUGAUACCCAAAGCCCUAUCUCUCCUUACAGUAAAUUUAGCAACCUUCUCCGAUUCAGCCUUGUCAGGUGUAAUUUCAGACCCAGUAACAAUCCCCCAGAGUCCAUCCUUCAUCAAGGCCAUCUGGCAUUGAAUUUUCCAGGUCGAAUAAUUUGCACCAACAAGAGGAAUGAUGCUUGUGUUUAUGUUUGCCAUUCCGGUAAUUCUACGAACACCGAUUCCGAAUACAAACCACACAAAAAAUCGAAUCAGCAACAGCUUAGCACAGGAUAACGCUACCUGGGCCCAUAACCUGUUGAAAAUAUUAAGUUGCUAAGGUACUUCACAAGGAAGAUAAUCAAACAGGCAAUGGCAACCAUCAAGGUUAGUUCAACUUCUAUUGUAGGAGAACAUGGAGUCCUAACAACAUGGAGCACUGGACAAGGCAGCAUAAAAACAUGACUUCACUACACAAUAAAUAAUGUGGUGUGCAAAACAAUGCACAAUUAGCAUUCAGCAUUUUGUCAAUUUCCAACAUUCAUUUGAAAAAAAAUUGCAGGCUGCCACAUAGUUACAUGAAAUUUAAGUUGGCAUCAUUCUCUGGUUCAUUUAAAACAAAUUCUUAAGUAUGGUCCUUUGCUUUGAGUAUUUUGUUUACAGAUAGUUUAAUGACAUAUUUUUCUUUGGUGUCAGUAAAGAGCCUUGUCACGUCUAUAAUCACUCACAGUACACAGACUACCACAAUACUAUCUAUCAACAACAGAGGUGUUGUGUAUUUCUAUGAAAUAUAGUGACUAUCCUUUAAUAAUGCGUAAUCACAAUAAUAAUCAUAACUAGAUAAUACUUGUACCGAUCUUAAAAACACUUAGAAUAAAUCUGCUCUACUUGAACGCCACAAUCACAAUCUAUUCAUUAUCUUAUCACAUAAUAUUAAUAACAUGGACUUAAAAUAACCGCCAUGACUCCAUCUUUCUUUGUAUCUCUUCUUCACUGAUUGGUUCGUCUUACCAAGUCCCAUACUCUAUAAAUUACAAGUCAUAAUUCUCACCUCACUUGACUCCCUUGUAAAUCAUUAUUAUUUGUGACACCCUCCCUCUUCAUUUUUAAACAAAUUUGUAACAAAUUUUUAAAUUACUACAUAUAAUCCAAGUCAAACCUUUAUCAACAUCAUAAAUUUAACAUCUUACUUCAUAUCACAAUAUCAAGAAUUAAAAAAUAUAAUAUCCCCAUCAAUAGUUAAUGAAUUUCAUCAUGGGGAUCAUCAAUAGCUGUAAAGUCAAAAUAUGUACUCUCUCUUUUUUAAGAGAUAUGACAUUCUUAUAUACGAACUAUCAUAAACAUAUUCUAUUUCAUCUCAAAAUAUUAUUACGUCAUAGGAAUAUAUUUCUAAAUUGUACCUAUAAACAAAAUUGUUGCUUAAAUUGUACAUAACAAUUAUACACAAAUUGUUCAACCUCCAUUGUGUCUACAAAAAAAAUCCUUUGUUAUUUUUGCAUUCCAUUAAUUUUAAAAUGAUGUGCCAAGCUAUAGUUUGAACUAUUUCUAUUUGUUAUAAAUCAUUCUGGAUAAAAUGUCUUCACUAAUCUAUCUUUACUUAUGUUUAGAAUGGUUUCACAUGUUCCAUUUAUUUCAUUUGCUUCUGAUUCCAGUUCAACAUUGUUCUUUUGUUGUGCUCUUGUUAUCACAUUAAGUUUAAGAUCAUGUUGCUAUUUGUUUCUUUUUUUUUAAUUGUUAUUUCUGUUUUCUGUUAAAUUGUGAAUUAAUUCUUCUUUCAUGCUUUCAUUGUUUCCAAUGUUAUCUUGUGUUAUCUUAUGUGCUUUCUUAUUUCCUAUCAUUUUAUCUCUAAGUAGUUUUGCUUUCAUGUGGUCUGAUAACUUUUCAUUUAUAGCAAUGGCAUUAAAUCUAUGUAUGUAUUUUUCUAUGUUCUCAGUGCCAAUUCCAUUUGCUCAUUGUAAUUUCCUUCAUGCUGUCAAUCUGUUUUUCUUCUAUUUCUUUAUCUUGACUAUCAUCUUUUUCUAACUAGGUAGAAGUAUGCAGUUUGUUUUCUUCUCAUCAACCACUGUUUCAUUAAAAUUUCAGAAUUGUCAGGUAUUACAUCAGGAAUGUUACCUAUUAUCAAUGGUGUUAUAGGUUUAUCCAUUACAACUGCUUGAAUUUUCCUGUUACCCAAGGUGUAUCAACUUUAAUAAUUGCUGUCUGACAUGAGAUACUUUUUCCAUCUCCCAACUUGUUUUCUUUAGAUUCAGUGAAUUGAUAUGGUUUUACUAAGAUUCUGUCAACAAUUGUUGAGCAUCCAGUGUCUCUGAGACAUAAUGUUUCUUUUUCAUUGACAUAAGCUGGGUAGAAACUUAACUGUCCUUUACUAUUCAACAUUGUCGCUACAGUAUGAUUAUAUGCUGAUCUUCCUCUUUCAUAAGCUUUUCUUGGUGGACUGUUAUUAGGCGAAAAUCUUCUGUUAUUUUCCUGUCUAACAUUGUGAGAAUAAUUGAAUUUCCUGCCCUGAUUCCAGUCUUGUCUUCUGCUUGUUUGACUAAAUUUAAUAUAAUUUUGACAGUUUCUUCUUAAAUGUUCUUCUUUUCCACAACUCCAGCAAUUAAAUAUUCUUUUUGAGUCGUUUCUGUUUGUAUUUUUUCUGUCUUUUAUGGUUUCCCAUAGCAUAUAAAAUAUUCUCACUGUAAUUUUUAUUUGAUAAUUUGGCAUUGGGAUGGCUAUCCUUAAAAUCUGAAAUUGCAGUAACCAAUCCCCUCAUGUCUUUUAUUUUUCUUUGCUUGAUAAAUGAAUAUAAUCCUUCAUUUGCCAAAUUGAGGACUUAUUCAAUGACAAUUAAUUCCAUAAUAGCCCUUGUAUCUUCCAUGUUUAUCUGUGUCAACCUCAUCCAAGAAGUUAAAUCUGCAAAUAAAUUGUCAGUCCAUGCCUGAGGAUCAUCACUUGUUCUUAAAUCAGCCUCAUGGAAUCUUUUCUAUAGAAAUAGAAAUCUUCUGUUUUGUUAAAAUGUCUUAAAAGUUGUUCAUUGUUUCGUAGUCAAUAAUUUCUAUAUUUUGCAAACAAGCCAGGGAGUCUCUAGCUGAGCCUGUCACAGCUGAAAAUAACUCCACCUUCCAAUCACUCUUGUGAGUAUUUUGUAAACAGCAUUGAGUUUCAAAUAUUCUGAUAAAAUACUCAAAAUUUUCCUUUUUGUUGUCAAUUGGUUUUAAUUUGAUGCGAGGAUGAUUUUGAUAAUUCCUUGAUCUUCUGUAUGUGUUCUAUUAUUGAUAAGAUUGGCUGAUUCCAAUUUUUUCAUUUCCAGUUCAUGGGAUCUUCUUGACGCCCUUUCAUCCCUUUCUUCAAUCUUCCCUCUUUCAAUUUCAAUUCUCUGUGUUUCUUUAUGUACAAAUUCCUUUAGUUCAUCACCUUUAUACCCCAUGUCUUUAGCAAUUGCUACCAAUUCUCUCAUAACUUCCAUGGUUAUGUGUAUGUCAAAAGGUAUUGUUAUUAUAUUCGAUUUAAUCUAUAUAAAUACCCAAUUCAAUCAAUCAAUUAAACAGGACUAAACAAAAACAAGUCACUAUUUUCUUUAAUUGAUAGAAGAAUUAACGAGAGAAAUCACAAGUAAUAGGCAACAAGACCAUACUUAAAUAAAUAAUAACACAGUAAUUUACAGUAGAUUAGACAAUUUACAAACUUGACAAUCACAAUCUAAUACAAAUAAUAUUUAUUUAUUAAGAAGAGGGCAAAAUUUCAAUCUAUACAGUGCUAAUAACAUUAAUCCCUCAAGUUAACAAAAAAUAUUUAAUCUAAAAGAAAUUUAAAGCUGUGAGCACUGAUACAAAUUAAUUCUUUACACUACACAACAUGUAAUACAAUUAAUAAAGUUAAUCUUAAAUAAUGUUCUUUCUUCUUUUUUUACGUCUUGUUUUCAAUGAAUCUUUAGUUCUGGAACACUUAUUAAAUUUAAUAAUAAUGUCCUCUUAUCAUACACAUAGUCACAAAGAUCACACUGUCUAUUGCGAUUAUUUUAACACAGUAAAUUUCAAAUAAGUUCAUCAAUUCAUAUUUUCCUCCACACACAUGGUAAGUUCAUCAGCAAGGUAUUCUAAUUCACUUUUUCCUCCACACAAAAGUAAGUCAUCAGCAAAGUAAAUUCCAUAUUUUCAUCCACUCAUAUGUAAGCUCAGGUCAUCAAUUCCACAUUUUCCUCCACUCAUAUGUAAGCUCAGGUCAUCACUUCCACAUUUUCCUCCACAUCUAGAUAUCUCUCGCCAUCAUAAGAAUAAGAAGACGAGGUCACUCGAAAUUGAAAAGGAUGUCUGUCACUUUCACAUAAAAGUUCGAUUAAUUUUGAUUGUUAAUAAAGUUUUUCACCAAAUUUCUUGAAUUAAACAAAAUAGUUUACAAUUAACAGUUCAGCAGUUGUUCCCGAAGGAUUGGCUAAAGAUAUAUCAGUAGUACUAGUCACUGGUAGUAGAGGCUGCCACAUAGUUACAUGAAAUUUAAGUUGGCAUCAUUCUCUGGUUCAUUUAAAACAAAUUCUUAAGUAUGGUCCUUUGAGUAUUUUGUUUUCAGAUAGUUUGAUGACAUAUUUUUCUUUGGUGUCAGUAAAGAGCCUCAAACAUCUUUCUUUUAUUAUAAUAGAUUCAUUGUUUGUAACAACUAGGAGAUGCUAUCUUUUGCCUGAAGUGGACACUUUUUGUAAUAUUUAGGUCAGAUGGAGGCUUGCUUAAAAUAGAAGAGAUGUGUUGAUUUUUAAAAAAAAAGACAUAUUUAAAAUUUUACCCUGAUAUAUAAUUUAAUUUCUUCUUCUUCCUCUUCUAUAUCUUAAGGGCCCACGAUCAAUUUAUUGAUCAUUUUGGCUCCUAUGCAUGUAGAUCGGAUUUGCAAUGUUUCUGUUACUGGUGUUGAUGAGGAAAUCAGGCACUAGGGGUUUGAAGGCUUGAGGCAAUAGACACAAAUGUGUCUAGUGUUGUCGCAUCAACCGUUCCUUUUGAAAGAUUGUUCCAGUCCCUCAUUGUCUUGGGCAGGAAUGAGCAGCUCCUAUACUGGCUUCUUGCUGGUAUGAGCCUGAAUUGCCUGUCAUGGCCUCGUCGCUGUCUGGGGGAGACAAAAUGAUAAUGCAUGAACUUUCCAGAGAUAUUUCUCUCUUAAUUUUGCUGCAAUCAUCAUUAUUGUACUAAAUUGAUGUAGUGUAUCAUAAGUGGGGAGAUGUUUGGUAAUUAUGAAGGAUUUUGUUAAAUUAUUUUUGAUAAUAUGUUCCUGAGAUUGUGUGGUGGAAGAAAUACAUUUCGGGCCUGGAAAUGCCUGGAUCCACAUUUAUGUUUUCCUUAUGAGCGCUGCUGCUAGGUUGAUCAUGAAGUUUAAUGUUUGUUUUUAUUUGUGCACAAAAAUGAAUGUCUUCCUGUGCGCUGUGCGAAAGAUAGAUAUGCUCAUUACAUGAGAACAUUGUGUUGAGUGUUAUUUUACUUUACGUCUGGUUGUUUUGAAACGUAUCAAAGAAGAAUAAUCAUUCUUAGACCAAGGUGGGCAACCUUUUUCCAAAAUAUGUAGCAAAUGAAUGAAAAGUAACAUUCGCCACAAUAUAUAUAAAUCAUAAAACUAGUAUUAAAUCAAAUGAGAGUUAAAACCGCAAAAGGCAGUGGCUCCGUCAGUUGUAUAUAUUUAUAAUAACAUUCAAAUAAUUGUAUAUAUAUUGUGCAAUGUUAUAUAUUGGCUGAUUUAUAUGUAUUCAAGAAAAAAUAAUAUUUUUCAGCAUGAAGUCCUGUCUUGAUUAGUGUCUUGAUAAUUAAUAUCCUCUGUCUCAUCUCUCUUUAUGGGUUUUUUAUUUGCAGUAAUAGUUUUUUUUAAUAUACUUAUAAAUUCCAUUUCAGAUCCUCGUACCCGUAACUGGUUUUUGGUGUCUAACUCUCCAUAUCCAGUAUGGGUUCUAACAUUCCUGUACCUGGCCUUAGUGGCACUAGGCCCGCGAAUUAUGAGAGAUCGCAAGCCAUUGUCCAUACAAUGGUUUAUGGUCAUUUAUAACUUGGGACUAGUUGGUCUAUCUAUCUACAUGUUUGUGGAGGUAAUUCUUAGAAUAAUUUCAUAUAUUUUAUUUGUGUAUUUAAGUUCCUUUUUCUUAUGGGUAAUUUGAAAAAAAAAGUUAGUCAUUUGUCAAAAAGAUUUAGGUGCAACUAAACAUUUCCUUUUAGUAUCCUCUUUUUAGUUAUACACAAAUGAUUUAAUGUCCAGCUUAGUUUGUUUAUAUCAUUUCCCUCCUAAAAAUAAAUAACUACGUGCUCACAUUAUGUAAACCCUCCAUGUUAACAUGGAAAUUUGUACUCAAAGAGUUUACAAAAAAAAUUGUUUUGUUGUAACCCUGGUGUGCAAUAGCCUUUUGUUAUAGCCACACAUUAGGCUCCCUGGUUGCUACAAUAGCCAUAUUUUCUAAAUUAAUUGAUAUUUUAGCUACAGACUUUUAAUUGUAGACGGCAAUUGUAUUGUAGAGAAUUUAUGACAACAAUUAAAGUAAGUAAAAUGGAGAGAGAUGUUUUCAAAUUCUUUUUUCUGAAAAUAUUUGCAAUUUUACUAAUUCUUGAAAUAAAGCACAUCGUAUUCCUUUAUUUAACCCCAAAAUUUACAUCUAUAAGUCGGGAACAGUGGUUACUGAAGAGAGGGUUAACUUAUAUAAUUAAGAGGACUCAUCAAGAACAAUGUAAGACACGAAAAAUUUGAAACCGAAAAAUGCUGCAGCAAGGCUUAUUUUUUUUAGUGAAUAUGGGAGUUACUGCUAUCACAUUAGUUGAAAUCCAAGCAAUUUGAUCAAUUUGACAUUUUUUGCGUUGACCUUGACUUUCACAAAAAAAAUAUUUGUAAUAAAUACAUGGAUUUUUUUUAUUACUCUAGAUUCUUCUCAGUAUCUGGGAUGCUGGUUAUGAUUUGGUUUGUGCAAACUAUAACAAAGAAUCUAUGGCUAAUCCCAAAGAACUCAGAGUAAGUUUUCAUGUACAGGACUAUGGUCAAUGGCUAUUAUUGUUAUAUGUAUAAUUUAAAUUGCAUAAUAUAUUGAUAUUUAUAGUUGCUGAAUCAUUAGUUCAUUAUGUUGAAAAACUGAGAUGAUGGUUGCUAUUUUUAAUUAAAAAAUCUUAACCCACGAACUGUGGCAUAGAUCAUUCUGUAGUGUGGAAGCUUUUCAGAGCUUUUUCAGUGCCUUUAGAAAUAGCAUUAAAUGACAUAGAAAUAUUGACACAAGACCCCAGUAAGUAAAUAUUUUUAAAAAGGUAAAUUGAUGGGGAUCAAUUUGGCUAUACAGUGGAACCUCUCAUAAUUCGUUCCAGACUCUUACUCGUUAAGUGAAACACUCGUUAAACGAAACAAUUUUUCCCAUACAAAUCAAUGUUAAUUCGAUAAUGUGUUCCAUGCUGAAAAAAUACUAAUUUUUCAAAAAAUUUGAUUAACAUUUAUUCAAAUAAAAUUACUUAUGAAUUGUUAAGGAGUGUAACAACUUGGAAUACAAUUUAGAUUUGAAACAAAAAACGUAAAUAAAAAUAUGAAUUUAUGACAAAUAAUUAAUCCUUUUUAACUAGAAAACUGUCUAAAGACAUUUGUUUUUGCAGAUGCUUCAAAAUUUGACAAAAAUGUGUCACAGCAUUAUCAUUGAAUAAAUUUGUAGCACGAAAAGCCACCACCUUAUUAGGGUGAUGCUUCUCAAUGUACGAUGCAACCGCUUCCCAUGCUUUCAGCAUUUCUCUUAUUGUGCUAGAAGAUUGUUACUCUGCUACUUCCUCCUCCAUUAAUGAGCUCUCCUCCAUAAUUUCUUGCUGUGAAACACGAUGCAACUCCAUAAGCUCUUCAGUGGUCAACUCUUGACUGUGCUCUUUCACAAGCUCUUCAAUAUUGUUGUUGUCCACCUCGAGUCCCAUGAUAUUGGCCAAUGACACAAUCUCGUUAACUGUAGACUCCGCAGGUACUGUUUCACAAUCACAUUCAACAACACUCUGGCCAAAGUUUUUUCCAAGCAAAAGUGAGGAAAAGGGACUUCCCCUUUCUGCUUAACUCGUUAUGUGAAUGUCGCUCAUUAAGGGAGCAACUUCUUUACAUUUUUUUUUUGCUCGUUAUGCGAAUUACUCGUUAUGAGAGGUUCCACUGUUUUGCCCACCCGUAAAAAUUUUUUUUUUUUCAGUGUCCUUGACCUUGGAGUGCUCAAGAAAACAAAAGAUCAACAAAAUGUCUUGCAUUCAAGUGCUUAUAACAUAAUUAAUUUUUAUAGAUUCCAUUAAAAUACUAUGUAAAUGUUGUAGCCAAUUCAUUUAUCUUUCAGAAAAUGUAUAGAUUGUUAAGGUUUUGAUUACAAUUAAGCCUCUGAAAGCAAUUUUAGUAAUUUUAGGUCAUUUAUUACUGAACCUGGAACCACAGCUAAAACCAAGUACACCAUACAAAAUUUCCGGCAAAAAAGUUAUUAUUGACUUUUAAGCAUUUAAAAAGGAACUGUGGAACCCAUUUGGAUUGUUUAACUAUAAAAUUUAUUAGUUCUGAUCUUUAAUCUGUAGCUUCUGUGACUAAAAUUCAGUCAGUCCUUGCCCAACCUACAGGCCUGGCUCGAUGUCUACCAGUAGGCCUACUUCAGUAUCACUAAGACUAGUAUCAGAUUCACUAGAAGAAGACUCCGAACUGAGAUCGUCAUGGGGAAUGUUAAAAUCAUCAUCAGUAUCACUUAAAUCCUCUCCUAAAAUGCUCUCAAAAAUAUUUCUAUUAGUUAUCGUACUGAAGGCCCAGCCAUGGCUUCAUCCAUUUUAGCUUUAAAAAAACAGCGAUAUAAAACUCCGAUUAAAAAUUACUUAUUAAGUUAUCAACAAACAGCUUGACCCUGAAGAUGAUUUAAUUAUUAAUAAAAGGAAGUGGCUAUAAUUCCAAUUAAAUAUUGGAUCUGACCGUGUUUUUUAAUCAGCCAAUUUUUUCGGCCACCUCAGUACAGAAUGAGAAUAUCGGCCGACCACAGUUUGUGGGUUAAAGUUGUCAACUGUAAUUCAUGUAUUAUGUUUCCACUAAAGGGGUGAAAGAAUAAUUAGGCUUUUUAUUUUGUGGUGAGACAGAACUUAGUGUAAUUUCGGAUUGUCAGCAAGUAGCAUCAAGAGCAUCACUCUGAAAUAACUCAUUGUUGAAACCCAAAUUUUAAUUACCUAUAUUUUGAUAUCUGCUUUUUCUAGAAUAGAUCUUCAAAAAUAUUCAUUUUAAAAUAUUGUCAAUGAAUGUCAAAAUGGACCUCUUUCUGGGAACUAAAAAUUAAAGUAUUUUUGGGUUGUAACGUGAACUUUCAAGCAGUAGCAAUGAAGUUUUAAUUUAAAUACCACUGAUUGGAAAUUACACGUUAUUUUACAAGAAAAAAGAUUUAGCUCUCAAAACAUUUUCGAUUUACAGUAAAUCUAAAAGAGCUUUAUUUGAAGAGGGCUUUUGGAAAAUAUUAUAUGGAUAAAUGAGUAAAAACUUAACAUAUUUUAAGCAUUAAAAAAAACAACCUUAGAACAUGUAAUUCAAUGUUAAUGUGUAUUUAUAAAAAAAAAAUUUAAUAUUGAUUUAAAAUUUUCUGUUAUUGCACAAUUUUUAAAAAAAAUGUUAACUUUUUCAUUGUCAGGUUGCAAAAGUACUCUGGUGGUAUUUCUUUUCCAAAGCUAUUGAACUGUUGGACACUGUGUGCAUGAUUGCCCGCAAAAAAUUUGAGCAGGUUACUUUUCUACAUUGGUUUCAUCAUGCAAGCAUGCUCAAUAUCUGGUGGUGGACCAUGAUGUUUAUACCUGGUGGAAUGUGUAAGUCCAAUAAAAACUGAAACAUAUUUGAAAAGAAAUGCCAGGUUUCACUAUUGCUAAUGGAUAAAAAAUAAUUAGGUAUCUACUCCUUUUUUCUUGUUGCAGUAACUUUUUUCUGAUAAAUCAAAAACAUAAUAUUUUUGUACUGUAUAAUUUAUGUCAAGGGUGGCCAAUAGGGCGUCCCAAAAAAAUGAAGUUUUGAAAUGUUGAUGUCUCACCCCACAGAAUAUGUCUGUAUGGUAACAGUAGUUAACCUGCAAAAUUUCAGCUCAUUUGGACAAUGUUUAGAGGUCCCCCAAGAGGUUUAAAGUUCCAGAUUUUGGUGUAAAAUCAUUCGCGGUCAAAUCUAAUACAGCGUUAAUGUUGCAUUAUAUGCGAAACUGAUAUAUUAAGUAACAAAUUGAUGCUUAGUAUUGUUUAUAAUAUUAAAUGAAACAAAAUAUAUAAAUCUUGAAUGGUUUAUAUUUUUAAAUUUGAAAUUUAAGUAAAAAAUUAUGAAAAACAAAGUUUUAUUCAUUUUUUCAAGUUAAUUCUUGAAAGAAUGUCAAUCUGCUUGAAAAAUAAUAAUAAGCAAUGCAAUUAAGCAUUCCUAAUAUUUAUCUUGUACUUUGUACUGUAGGUUAGACAAAAAUUUAAAAAAGUUCUUCAAAUUUAAAUUUUAGCCAGCUGUUCACGAUUACACUCUGCAAAAUUUUUCCGAUGUUUGUCAACCACUUGGAGCAAAAAUUGUUUUUGUUCUUCGUCCUUGGUGAUACUGUCAUUGAAAUUUUGUAUCAAUGCUACACCUCGCUCUGCAGAGUCAUUGAUACAAGCCAGAUUCUUUACAAAAUCUGCUGCAACUUUAAAAGAUGGUGUAUCUGACCAUGCUUCAACAGGAACAUCUAGAAAACUGGCAUCAAUGUUGGAUGUUUCAAAAAAUGUGGUAGAAGCACGCAAAUCAACAACACUUUUUGGUAGUGUUUUUAUGAGAUGCGGUCCACGUUCUGAUUGCAUUGUCCGAACAAGGCCAGUUUUUUCUUUGUCCGACAAAAGGGUUGAAAAUAACACAAGCGUCGACAGUUCCGGACUCAAGUACCACGAGUGACGCACCAUCAUUUUCAAUCCAGUCGAUCGAAGAACAGCAUCAUCAUAUUCGUAUAAACGCUGUAUCAACAAGAUAUCAUUCACAGGUGCAUCUGCGGUGAGCCUGCAUGAAAACCAUGAUUGAAGAUAAACACAUAUGGUAAACCGAUUAAAGCGCUGAAUACCUUGUAAUUCUCGAGCUGUUAACUGAAAGAUGGUUUCGUUGCCUGCAAACAAUAGUUCGAUUUUCAAUGCAUAGAUUGCUUUCGCCAUCCACCUUGCCCUAUGUAGGGCACCAGGUCUGCGAAUGCUGACAUCAACCUCCAACCCAACCAUUUGUGCAGCAAGCAGAAGAAAUUCCAAAUAAUCAUCACGUGAAUGACUGACCUCAAGUUGACAUUUGAUAAAUUCUUUAAUCGAAUCGGACACGAUUAUCAAAGGGGCGGAUCUGGCUUCGGGUGUGUGGUUUAAUUCUGGCCAUUUUUCUCGAAACCUCUUAAAAAACAAAAUCUCUGGUCCAGUGGAUGGUCCAAGACAAACAUUGAAUGCAUCGGAAAGGAGUACUUCCAACAUGUGAUGACGGCAUGCCAUCCAUAAUAGAUUACGUCCCAGGGCUACUUCUAACAGAGUGCAAGCUCCAUUGAGUCUUCCAGUAUUGGAAGCCGUAGUGUCGAAGCACAUGCCGAUGACCAUAGAUUCGCACUUCCACGAUUUGAUAUGUUCAUAUACUGCAUCAGCAGCUGCCCGUCCUGACCCGGACCCGGAUGCUAACUUGGGAACACCAAGAAGCUUUGUAGUGCCAUCGACAAGUGAUGAGAGCAGGACAGGUAAUCGAUCGACGUUGUUGGUAACCUCUCCGGUAACAUCGGGCAAUAGCUUACCAUCCCAAUGAACAAUUGAUUUUGAGGGAAUAUAGUCUUCUUUUAUACGUGCUGCAGCUUGUUGACGACGAAGCUUGCGAUGACGAUGCAUUGUGCUCUUGGAAAAUACUGUGUCAGCUUCGUUGAAUGCGGAUGCAAGUAUCAUUGUAGAUUUUCUAAUGCUGGUGUUCGUUCUGUCCAGCACUGCAGCAACUUUUGGUGAUGUGAUGCUUCGUCUGCGAUGUCGUGUUGCAGAAUUUGUUUUGCUUGAGGAUGCUGAUUGGAUGACAAAUUCUUCAUCAGGUUCUGCAUCGUCACUGGAAUCCCGACAAAUGGAUGAUGUCAUUGAAUGUGUGUCUGUGUCACUGUCAGAACCACCUACAUCCAGUUGCUGUUCUAUGUCUACUGCUGACUCUACACUUGAACCUGAUGGUAACCCAUGGUGACGGCACUGUGGUGUAGCAUCUUUUGCUGCAUCACCAACAUCCCUGAUAAAUUGUUUCUGACGCUCAGCAACUCGUUUUUCUUUAGCAGCAAGCUUUUUGUCCACUGUUUUGCACAUUAGGUAUUUUAUAUGUUUUCUCGCAUUUAUUACAUUUUCUAAUUAAGAAUCACACAAUUUCAACUCUAGUUAAUGGUAGCAAUGAGGUAAAUAAAAGUAUAUUUAAACUUCAUUUUAUUCAUAUAUGGCAUGCAAAAACUGCAAGUUAUUUGAGCCACGAUUUGUCUGGAUUUUUAUGUUGGCCUAAUACUGGAAUUGUAAAAGCUCUUGGGGGACCUCUAAAUGUUGUUCAAAUGAGCUACAACUUCACCAAUUCACUCAUUGUACCCAAGAGACACAUUUCAGGGGGUGAGACACCAAAGAUUAAAAAAAAAAUUUUUUCCGAGCAUUUCUGGGACGCCCUAGUGGCCAAUGGUCUAAACUAAGUCAAUCUCAAGUUUGUGGUCUGCAGUACAAUCCCCACCAAAACUCAGUCCAAGAGAAGGAAACUCUGAAUUCAAACCAGGAGAUGGAGUCCUGUAGGCAGGAUAUCAUUGACCCAAUGAAACAUUCGGACAACUCCUAGAAUGUUACUGGUGCCAAGCUGUAUCAUCCACAUAGGAUGUUCCCUAGGGUUAUCCAGCGGCAUGUAGAGAGGCUGAUAUUCCUCAAAAGAAUAAUCCAAUGCCUUGAGGAUUAUGUCCUGCGAAGUCUACACUCGUCACAUUGUGAAGGACGUAUGCCAGCCAAUGUCUCCAUAAUUGCCUUGUACAUUUUCUUUGGUUGGUGUCCACAGAAGAGUUUUUGUCCCUUAAGUUAUGUUCACACUGUAGAUUUGUUACUGAGAUUCUCAGCUGGGUAGGACUGCAGAUUUGUUACUGAGAUUCUCAGCUGGGUAGGCUUUUGGAAUAUAAAUUGCGAGAUUUCCCUGACCACCUGCUACUCCAUGUAACAAAAACAAGGCCAACAAGUUUCAUUUUCCAAUUUCCGGGGUUUGUUCAAAAUUGCAAGAUAUAGUCGACUGGAAAUAUACAGACAAAAUCACAUUUUUAUCAUUGGGCAUCCAUAGCUGUCAGCUGUUUUUUAAGCAUGCCAAUGAUACUACAAAUAAUUUUUAACCAUGCCAUUAUUUAUAGUAUUGAAUGGUAGCCCUACCAGUGGACAUAGUUUGAAAAUUAAAAUUUGUGAUAUAAAUUUAAAAUUAUUUUUCAUUGAUGUGGUGCAAACAAAAAAAAAAAGAUUAGAGAAACAAUGUCUUUGUUUUAAAAGGGAAUCAAUUGGAAAUCUAAACAUUUUUUACCCAUAUUUUUCCCUGCCAGGAGGAAUAGCCACUCAAGUAUGGAGAGAAUAUCCUCACUUGAUCCUUAUUAAGUUAGUGAUUCAAUAUACUCCCUUCCCCGCCAACCAAAUAACAGUUAUAUUUUGAUUACAUGAUUAUUUAUACAUUCUAUUUAUAAUGCAAAUUGAAAAGAAACAAGCCAAAAUUGAUUCAUUUAAAGAGCCACAUGCAGCUGUAAAGUUGGCGACAGAUGUGCUUGCCCAUAAAUUCAAAAUUGAAAAAUAUAAACAAAAGUUCUGCAUCAGAACCCAUAGUUGUAGCUGCUCUGUGGAAUAUCUCUGUUAGUCAUAAGUUUCUCAAGAUUGAGAAAAUCUCAAUGAUGAAUCCAUGUUACAUCAACAUGGACUCAUCACUGAGAUUUGUUGCUUCAACAAGUGAACAAAGUGAACAUACUUAGCCAACUCUCUCAUAUCAUUCAAACUUUCAUAAAAGGUCAAGGCAAAAUGAAAGGGAUUUAUGAGGAUUAAAAAUAAAAAAAAUAAAAAAGUUGAAUUUGACAAUUCUUUUUAAAAAUAAAUUUUGAUUUCUUUAAAUUUGUAAUACAAUUGUGGGAAUAAAUUGUUGUCCUUUGCCUCAUUAUCGCCCUGCUGCUAGCUAAUUUCCUUGUUUAAGCCCAAUACCUUAACGAAGGGAAGUAACUAGAUUUCAGAUUUUUAAAAAAAAAGUAAGUAUUAGGCACAUUUGGAGAAAUUUAAAGAAAAAAAUUAAGGUAACAAUUACAUUAAACUCUAUUUAUGUACUUAGUAAAAGCAAGUGGUAGAUAAUAUGUUAGAUGAAUAGUGGCAACAUCUACUCCUGUUAUCUGUUUUAUUAAUAUUUAAAGUUUCUCAUAACAAUUGAAUCUUGAAAAGUGUACAAAAGACAAGGAACUUGUUGAUUUAUGAUACCUAGCAUUAUUCAGUGUAACUGGAGAAGUUAUAAAAAAAUCUAUAGUAAAUACUAACUAGUGUGCCACUUUGCAAUAAAGAUGUUUAUUCUCCCAUUAAUACAUCAUAUCACUGAUCAGAUAUAUAUAUAAGUGAAUAUUUGUUUGUUAUAUGUUCUGCAAAGACUGUUAAAUGGAUUGAUGAAUCUUUAACAACCUUGGCACAUAUAUCCAGAAUCAAAUACUGGGGUGUUUUGGACUUUAAAAAAUAUUCCGCUAGGGGCCGGGCGGGGGCCUUAACUUUGUGUUUUUUCUUAUAUGAGCUAUAUAGUAUAAUUACCAACAAAUACUCCUACAUGAAUGGAUGGAUCUUGACAUACACUUGAUUAUCCCUAUAUCAAAUUCCCCCUAUAUCAAAUUCUGAAGCGUACUGAACUCCUAAUAUCCACUUCUUUUAAGGAAUAUGAAAUACUAAAAGGCUUAGAAAACACUAUAGGUUCUCUGUGAUGGAUAAUUGAUGGAUCCAGAUCUAGCUUGGUAGCAAUACCCUUCAUUGUCCGUAAUGAAAUAUUAGUGGAUUUAAAAUGAAAAUGAAUCCGAUCCAGUCAGGGCCAGUCUAGAAUUUUCCAUAAAGUUCGAUAAUUUAAAAGGCUAGAUCUGUGGUAUUUUUAAACCGAUUUUAAUUUGAAAAUGUGUACAUUUUUGCCAACUUGUCAGAGCUGGAUGUUUUGCCUCUUUUCUUGGCUACAAGUUCAUUUUGGGAGUAAUGUUCUGUGUCAUUGAGAUUCUCUUGAUGGACUGCAAGUGCUCAUCAGUAAUACGACUCCUCUGUGAUGUUUUGUUCAUCUUCAUCACAGAAAACAGCUGCUCACAUAGAUAUGUGCCAUUGGUGACGGGAUCAAAUGAGGAAUGGGAUCACAUGGGGAAAUGGAAUCACACUGGGAAAAGGGAUCCCACUGCAAAGAGAAUCCUCAUGGGUACAUGAUCCCAUCGUAAAAAGGGAUCUCAUCUGGGAAACAAGAUCCCAUCAUGAUCCUUUCUAUACUUUCCUGGAGAUUCUCUUAGUAUCACUGAGACAUCCUUUUAUACGUUUUAUGAAGUUUCUAGAUUAAUACAGAAGCUAGGAUUUUUUCUAAAAUCUUUUUUGACAUUAUAUAAAUGUCCUUAUCAAUUAUUAUCAUGUUAAUUAUAUUUCCAAGAUUUUCCUUGAAUGUUAUGGAAUAAGAAUUAAAGAUAAUUUUGAAUGUUUCUAGAAAUUUCCUGAAUAAUUGUCAAGUAUUGUGGCCUUAACUAUAUACAUAAAUGAAAUUGAUAGAUCUUGGCCAAAGUUAUUAAACAUUUAAUUCAUAAUCCCACCGGGGAACAGGAUCCCACCCGUAACAUAAUCCUACUGAGAUCAGGAUCUUACCAGGAACUGGAUCCCAUUGUGAAUGGGGAAACGUGAUUGAACCCGGAACGAGAUCUAUUAGGAAACAGGAUUCCAUUAGGGAAUAGGAUUCUAUCUGGAAAAGGGAUCAAUCCCAUCGGGAAUGGGAUCCUAUCGGGAAUUGGAAUCUAUAGGGGAAUGGGAUGCCAUGGGUGAACGAAAUGUUUACAAAAGCUAUUAUAAAGUUUUCUCUAUACUUUAACAAAACAUUUUUUACAGGGCCUUAAUUUCGAUGUUAACUUAAGGGCUAUAGAGGUUUUUUUUUAAAUCCUGGGAAAAAUAGCAUCCCAGGAAAAAUAGCAUCCCGGGCUAUGCCGGGUAUAAAUGAUUUUAAAUCAGAAUUUUCUUAAACUUUUCAGCAUGGUUCGGUAGCUGCAUGAACUGUCUAGUACACGUAGUCAUGUAUUUAUAUUAUGGUCUCUCUGCCAUACCUUCCCUUAGAAAUAAACUGUGGUGGAAGCGAUACAUCACUCGCUUUCAGCUUGUAAGUAUUUAUUUUAUACUUUGUUUUUGUGAUGAAGAUAAACUAAAAUAAUAUUUCUUACUUUUGAUGUAAUUUAAACCUUAAGAAAGUUAUAUAAAUUAACAUUUUUAAAUACCUCGCCAACUUUUUUAAAGGUGAUACUGGUAUAUGUAGAUAGCUAAUUAUUUAAGUGAUUGAUGAAAAAAAUUUAGAGGUAUUGUUUUUAAAAUGUUUGUAACAUAUAAAAAUUACCUAGCCAUCUUACUGUAUUUUGAUUCAAGUAUACAAGCAGUUUUUUUCUUUUUUUUGACAGCUUCAGUUUUGUAUUACCUUCACUCACACAGUCAAUUCCAUUCGCGUGGGUUGUGAUUUCCCUAGAUGGGGCCAAAAUCUGCUAGCAGGUUACAUGGUUGCAAUGCUCAUUCUCUUUGGUAACUUUUAUAUGCAAGCAUAUAUCCGUCGAGGCAACAAGGACACUACCAUCACAUCAUCACCCAGCCAAGAAAAUGUUGGUGCCUAUGAUUUGAAGAAACUGCAGCAAUCUAAUGGACAAGUAGAGGCCAAUGGACAUACCUCUCGAAGCAAAGAAGAUUAAAUUAAGAUUGUUGAAUUAGUUUAAAACUGCCUGGGUGAUACAUGCCUUUUUGGUUCAUAGAGUUUAGUAUAAUUUUGAUAGUAACUUUCUAUCCUAAUAUUUUUAAUAGCUAUUUAAUGUGCUGAAUACCUAUUUAAAGAUAAAAGGACAGUUCUUACCCAAUGCAAGUGCAAUAUGGACAAACAAAAGAAAUAUUUAAAUAUCACAAACUUAAAUUUAAAAAGUGCUAUUUCAGAUCUUAUUAUGAGCUAUUUAUUUUUUAUACCUGGUAGAAAUUUAAAUGAUCUUUAAUCUUUCUUCAGGCUAUAUCACCAUUGGCAGUUAAGUAUUUAUUUACUUAGGCAUUUAAAUCAUUUAAAACAUUGAUUUACCCUGAUGGAUCAGUUGAAAAAAAUUUGCUUUAAUUUAUUUUAGGAAUAACUCCAAACAUAUAAAAUGGGGUAAUAUAUAAUUGCACAAAAGCAUAAUUAGUUUCCAUCUCAUACUUAAUAAAAAUAUGUAGAAGAAUAACAAAGGCAAAAAUAUCUCUUCUCUUAAAAAUGAGUAAAGUCAUAUUCAUGUACUUUUUCUGCAGAUUAGGAACCUAUGGGAAUUUAAAAAAUUUGUUUCUUCAUAAGUCAUUUGUUAUUUCAUAUUUCCUUAUUUCGGAAGCACAGACAAUAUGUAAAGACACCAGAACCAAAAACCUUCCUUAAAAUUUUUAAAUUGAAAGUUUGUGUUGGGUUUCUGUUGCAGAAUAGUUGUGUAUCAUUUAUGACCAUAAUGAGACAAAAAAGAAGGCUAAUUUCUGUCAUUAUUAUUUGAUCUUUAAUAAAAGAAUGGCCAUUUAUUUAAAUUGAUUUAAAAACCUGUUGAUGAAAUUAGCAAUACUAAAAUAAUUCUUAAAUAUUUUGGGGAAAAAAUUAAGGAAAGAUGAAUGAUUUAAUAUAUAAUUUUUAAAUAUUCUUCAUACCCUUAUUUAAGACCUUGAAAUUUGAUACAUAAUUCCUUGGUGCAGUAAAACUUGCAAACAAAUUCUGUUUAAUUGUGUAUAUAUUUAACUUUUAAGACCAAUACAAUCAUUGGUAAUUGCAUUUUUUAAAAAUAAAUUUCCCCAAAAUUUGUGGAGCUCUUUGCCACUACUGUCAUAGGUCACUGGUAUCUGCUAAUGAUAUAAGUGCAAAGCUGUAAGUUUAAGUUAUGUUUUCUAGUAAUAAAUUUUGUGGCUCAGCGGUAUUAGGACAAUCAAAUUUCUGUCAUAUUAUUUAAAAAUGUAAUAAUUUUUCUUGUAACAUUCUUACUGAGCAUUGUACAAUACCCAUACAAUGUGAAGCAAUUUUUCUUGAAUUAAAAAAAUAAAAGUUUUUAAUUUGCCAUUUUAUUAUACGGUACAUUAUUUUCGUUUUAAAAAUUCAGUAAGUAUCAAUUCAAUAUGAUUUUUAAUGCUAAUUUUAAAAUAUUUCCAACCAAGAAUUAUUGUUAUAACAUUAAGUGGUGAUAUUCAAAAAUGAAAUUCACAAAGUAUUAAUUUAAUUUUUCAAAAUAUUAAACAAAAAGUUUGGUGCAUUGACAAUAAAAUACGUUCUUUAAAACAUAUACCGGUAACUUAAGUUAAAAAGAUCUUGCUCUAUCCACCGAGAUUUAAGUCAAAUCUAUCAUUACAUUAUUACAAGAAUCCCAUAUAUGCAUUUUGAGUACUUAAUUUAGGUAAGGCGUAAUCAUAUAUUUUGGUGUGUAUUUUUUUGAAGCUUUUAAAAAAAAAAAACAAAGAUGCCUACCAUUACCAUUGUUAUUACAAAUUUUUAAGGCUAUUCACAAGGCUAUUCACAUCAAAUAACCUAUUUUUGUGUGACUAUUCCAUGUUAAAAGUAUAAAAUUACACCUCCCACAAACUUUUAUAUUUCACUUUUGAUUUAUUCAGACUACUGUCUGGACAAUUGUAUUAAAACUAGUCGGUAAACAUGAAAGCAACAUUUAUUUUCAUUUUUAGAAGCAGCACAUGAAUUUAAAUUAACCUACAUUGUUUGUAUUGGCCUGAUGUUAACAUAUUGAACAUCGAUAGAAUGAAGUUCGGCUGAAAUAAUUUUGCCAUUGUUUUGAUGGCCACUCAUAUUUUUUAACAAAAAAACCCCCAUAAAAAUGAAGUUUGGCUGAAAUAAUUUGUACAUUGUUUUGAUGGCCACUGUCAUAUUUUCAACACACAAAAAAAUAUAAUGUUCUACCAUUAGGGGACCCUAAAAGCUACAUCUGCCUGCCUGUCAGAUGUUUAGUGAUUGACCUUUCAAUUAACACUUAAUAAACAUCUUGUAUUCGGCAGCACCAGUAGUAAUUAUUAACAUCAUUCGAUCAGUAGAUAAUAAUUUUUUUUAAUACAAAUUUUAAGGCUAUAACCCCCAAAACUGCAUAUUAAUUAUUAAUUAAACGGCAAAAUUACAUCUUCAAACAUUGUAUUGUCAUCAUUUAUCUAAAAUCAGUUUUUAUUUUUAUAUGAUAUAGUGUACUUAUCGAAAGUUACUAGUCUAUUGAUUUCUUGUGUAUGUGUGCUAUUUGUAUAAAGAGGUUUUAGAGUUAUUUAUUAAUGAAUGUCUUUAGAAAGGAUGGGAUUUAUUGGGCUUGAAAUCUCAAUAGUCUUGUCAUCAACCCUUACAAAUGUAAAUGUGUUUAUUCAUUUUUUAAAUUUGUAAGACUUCAAAUCCAUUAAAUUGUUAAAAAUGAAGAGAAAACAAAUGUAUGUUCAAACAAUAGAUAUGUUGCUAAACAGUUUAAUUGUCAAUAACUGGAGUGGAAAGCUCACUGCCCAUUAAAUUUGAAGUUGUAUCUAUAAAUAAGAAUUUUUAUAAUUUUUAAAUGCAUAACAAAUAGAUGAGAUUACAAGCUGUAUACUCCAUUUUUGCAUCCAUAUUUAGCUCAGUUCUGGUGAACAGGAGGGGCUUUUACUUGACUGAGAAAUAUUAUUUUCUAAACUUAACUUUAUUAAAAACUUUAUAUCAAUAGCGCACCUGGGGGUGGAGGGUUGUUAAAUUUUAAAAAAUGUCAUAAUGGGGUGGAGGGGGGGGGGAUUGUGUCGAGACAGGUAUAUAAAUGCACAUUCUGCAAUAGUUAUCUUGAAAUUCAAAUAGUCCAUAUGUUAACUAUUGCAAAUAAAGGCACCUAAAAGUUGUGCAAUCCAUGAUUUCUAAUUAUAUUCCAUAAUUUCCAGGUUAUAAAAAUAUUAUGACUAUGUUUCAUUAUUAUUCUCAUACUGUUGCUUUGUGUUUUCACUAUAGACCUCACUAGCUAUAAUAAAUAGCCCAGUAACAACUUUAAGUGCACAAUCGGUUUGUAUUUAUCUCUGGGACACAAUUAUUUUCAAAGACUAAACCAAAGAUUGCAUUUGUUACACCAAACAGAGGUGGAAACCAAUGACUUAAUUUUUAACAUGGUUUAAAAGUGUGCGG